AUGUCGUUCCAGCCGCUGUACAAGUAUAUCGACCGAGACAGCCUUGCGGAGCAGGUGCGCAAGACUGGCUCCGAUACCAAACAGCGCGAGGUCGCCAUUGUGGAUGUCCGAGAUGACGACUUUGAAGGAGGCAACAUCCUCAAUGCGCGCAACCACCCAUCCUCCACCUUCCCGGAUCAAGUGCAAGAUCUGAUCUACGGGCCUUUGAAGGACUACAAGCAGGUGGUGUUCCACUGCCAUCUCUCGCAAGCGAGAGGACCGAAGGCCGCGGGACAGUAUGCGCAAGCCAGGCAGGCCGCCGUGGAGGCGGGAAAGCUGGAGAAUGAAGGGGAGCAGAAGCAGGAGGUGCUCGUGCUCCGGGGCGGCUUCAGCGAGUUUCAGGACAAGUACAAGAAAGACCCUGCCGUGGUCGAGAAGUACGAUGCUUCCGCGUGGGAGCACCGCGACUGA